GGAUCUAUACACUUUCACAAGACCCUCUCACUCAUCCCAGUCAACCACCCAACAGGCCAAUCAACUCCAAGAACUCGAGGUCCUAUCAAAAUCACUCUCCUCCUCCUCCUCCUCCUCUCCUCCCUCGGCUCAAGCUGUGUUUGUGUGUGCUGCCGGGGACUCCUCCACUUCCUCGCGUCUGUUCCUGUCUAGGAUCUGACGGUCCCGCUGACAGCAGCCGCGGCUUACAGCGCGUCCUCCGGCACCCAGGGCUGCAGCGGGUUGUGUGUGUAUAUGUGUGUGCGUGAGGGGAAAAUGCCAUCACGAUAGCUCCAAUCAUUUCCACACACACUCACACUUUACAGGUCGCACAGCGGUGGUAAAAAAAAGAGCAUCCUGGCCCCAGCAACCAGCAGAUCUUAAAGCGGGACUGUCCGACGGGCUAGCUUCUAGGUGUCGCUGGUGCAGCUAGCUACAGAGCUAACUCCCUCUACGUACAACCGUUUACAAGAGGGGAACAUCAUUGAAUAAAGUGGAUUUCCGUGGAAGCCGCUGGAACUGCUUCUCCGUGGACCUUGCCCCGGACCCUAUUCGCCGUUUCAAUCACAGACGUCGGGAUAUAAAGCCGCGAUGGACAACCUCAGUGAAGCCCUGGAGAAGUUGAAGCUCGGCCCUGGCAGCCGAGCCCCAGACAGUGUGGAAGGCAGCCUCGACUGCCUGCUCAAAGCACUAGCACACAACAAUACAGAGGCCAGCAUGAAGAUCCAGGAGAUGGGCGUCCUUCCCAGCCUCCCAGCCCUGCUGUCCUCCGAGUCCACGUGCACGCCCAAGGUAGCCAACAUCAUCGCCGAGGUGGCCAAGAAUGAGUUCAUGCGGGGCCCCUGUGUGGACGCGGGUCUCAUCCCCCCCCUGGUGCAGCUGCUGACCUCCCCGGACCAGGAGCUGCUGCUUCAGACGGGCCGUGCCCUGGGCAACAUCUGCUACGACAGCCAUGAGGGCAGGAGUGCAGUGCAGCAGGCGGGAGGGGCACAGCUAGUAGCAGAACACAUUAAGUGCCUCUCCCUAAAUACUGAGCCGGCCAAUGAGAAGCUCUUGACUGUCUUUUGUGGCAUGCUGAUGAACUAUAGCAAUGAUAAUGACGCCCUGCAGGCCCAGCUGAUCAACAUGGGGGUUAUCCCAACGCUGGUGAAGCUGUUGGGGGUCCACUCUCACAACACCGCCCUGACGGAGAUGUGCCUUAUAGCCUUUGGGAACCUCGCCGAGCUCGAGUCCAGCAAGGAGCAGUUUGCGUCGACCAACAUCGCCGAGGAGCUGGUGAGGCUGUUCCAGAAGCAGACGGAGCACGAGAAGAGGGAGAUGGUGUUCGAGGUGCUGGCGCCGCUGGCGGAGAACGAUAUGAUCAAGCUGCAGCUGGUGGAGGCGGGCAUGGUGGAGUGUCUGCUGGAGGUGGUGGGGCAGACGGUGGACGGGGACCGGGAGGAGGACGUGGCCCAGCUGAAGACGGCCUCCGACCUGAUGGUGCUGCUGCUGCUGGGAGACGAGUCCAUGCAGAAGCUGUUUGAGGGGGGCAAGGGCAGCGUGUUCCAGAGGGUCCUGUCCUGGAUCCCGUCCAACAACCACCAGCUGCAGCUGGCCGGGGCCCUCGCCAUCGCCAACUUUGCCCGCAACGACGGUAACUGCAUCCACAUGGUGGACACGGGCAUCGUGCAGCAGCUGCUGGAGCUGCUCCGGCGCCACGUGGACGAGGGCAACGUCACCGUGCAGCACGCCGCGCUCAGCGCCCUGCGCAACCUCGCCAUCCCCGUGGUGAACAAGGCCAAGAUGCUCUCGGCCGGCGUGGCGGACGUGGUCCUGAAGUUCCUGCAGUCGGAGAUGCCCCCCGUGCAGUUCAAGCUGCUCGGGACGUUACGCAUGCUCAUCGACACGCAAGCCGAGGCCGCGGAGCAGCUGGGAACCAACGACAAGCUGCUGGAGCGCCUGGUGGAGUGGUGUGAGGCCAAGGACCACGCCGGGGUCAUGGGCGAGUCCAACCGCCUGCUCUCCGCCCUCAUCCGGCACAGCAAGUCCAAGGCCGUCGUCAAGGUGGUCAUCGAAGGGGGAGGAGUCAAGCACUUGGUCACCAUGGCGACCAGUGAGCACAUGAUCAUGCAGAACGAGGCGCUGGUGGCCCUGGGUCUGAUCGCGGCCCUGGAUCUGGUGGCGGCGGAGAAGGACUUCGAGGGCUCCGGCCUGGUGGCCAUGCUCCACCGGCUGCUGGCGGACGAGCGGAGCGCCCCGGAGAUCAAGUACAACUCCAUGAUCCUGGUCUGCUCCGUCAUGGGCUCAGAGCCUCUCCACAAGGAGGUGAGGGGCCUGGCCUUCAUGGACGUGGUGGCCAAGCUGCGCACCCACGACAACAAGACGGUGUCCCACCAGGCCUCGCUCACCGAGCAGCGGCUCACCUCGCAGAGCUAACUCGCCCCCCCCCCCCCCCCCCCACCCUGAAGCCCCCCCUCCCCGCCCCCCUAGCCGUCCCAUCCCAUGAUACCCCAUAAACCACGUACCCCCCAAACACACCCACUCCCACCCUAAAAAAAGAAAUACUAUGACUCAUCGUCAUGUGCCAAGGUUAUGUCCCCCCCCACCCCCCCUGAACUGCCAGCCCCCCUUCCCCAGCUGACCCCCCCCCCCCCCCCCAACGGUUGUUCUGCCCCUCCCCACUUCCAUUCCUGAGCUGUAACCCCAGACAACGCCCGACACUCUGUCUCAUCACGUCUCGCCCCCCAUCCCACUCCAUGCAUGACCACCCCCAGCCUCCCACCGCACCAUCAUGGCGGUGUAUAACCCCCCCCCCCCCCCCCCAACGCAAUAGAUUUACGAGAAAACGCCGACUCUUUUACGACCAUAGCUGUGACGCCAGCGACCACUAUAGCCGUGUUAGCCCGUUUAAGAAAGAAAAGUGACAAAAAAAAGAACAAAAACAAAAACAACCAUGGCGUGCGAAAAAAAUAACGAUAUUAUAUAUAUAUAUAAACAAAUGUUAUUUUUUGUUGUUGUUUUUUUUGUUCCUACGUAAAGCUAGCAGUUCACGAUGUUUACCCGGUCAUGUGUCCGUGUCGCUUUUAGCCAUCCGCCGACGACUAGCGAAAGAAGAGCAUGACAUUAGUUCCGUUGGCCUCGUCUGAUUGGUCCACAGUGGAGCCCAACCGCCCGCCACGCAUACUUUUUCUAGUCUAGCGGUGAAAACCUCUUUUUAAAUAAUGUUAAUUUAUGAUUUUUUUAUCUUUUUUUUUAAUAUUUUUAUUUUUUUGUUGCGAUUCCCAUUGGGCUGAAGAAUUCUUCUUUUGAAACCCAGAUCUUUGAUUCCAAUGUUGCUUAGGACAGUUCAAACCUUCGCCUCACCCACCACACACGCACACAUACAAACACACACUCCCCCGUUUUUUGCUCAUCUGUGGAUGAGGACGGGUAGGCGGGCUCCGACGAUUCUGGCCCUCUGGCUCAAAAAGCGAAUCAUGUAACGUUCGAAAGCGUUUCCGAUAAACGCGUGCGGCCGCAGCAGCCACACUCCCAGUCCUCUGUGCGUGUGCAUGGUUUGUGUGCAUGUUGUUUACUACUCGGGGUGGCCGGUGAGGAGCCAGCGACGUCGGGGGAACCCGGGGUAUCAUGAAGAAUAACCAAACACACGAUAAACCAAACACAGGCUGAAUCAUAGGUCCUCGUCAUUUUUUUUUCCACGUUACAGCGUGCGCCGCCUCUCAUUGGUUCAAAAAUGGGGGCGGCUGAUUUCGGAAAAAACGAUCGGAAACGGUUAACCCCUAUACCGACGACUGCGACUGGACGUAGCUUCGCGGAGGGAACGAAUUCGGUGUCCGGGUCCUCAGUUCUCAGCGGCCCCCACAGCACGUCGGUUUCUAUCUUUCGUGCGCAACGAAUGGUUCGUUCCAUUGCGGGGAGCGGGGGGGGGACGUCUCUGGCGACGUUGGGAUGUUUACAGCAGCGUGGGCCGGCCCUUACGGGGGACCCCUCUCGUGGGAGAGGCCCCCAAAGCACGCUCUACUGAACAGGCUGGGUGUCUUUUUGUUUUCUUGAAAUUCUUCUUUUUGUCCGAACCAACGGUUAAACGAUCCCAUUUGUACCCUUCUGAAUACACGUACCGACGAAGGAGGGGUCUCCACAGUAAAACGCGUUGAGUUGUGUAGACGUAAGUGUUUGUUGUAAAUGUCACGAGAUGUACAUUUGGAGGAUUGUAAACUAAGCAUAGAUAAUUAAAAGAUGAUUGCUGGUGA